GGUGGGAAAAUGGUAAACAGAGAUAGCAUUUAAGAUGGGACGGCCGAAAGCGGAGCGGGACACGCGUCCUCCAUCGCUGCCGGAUUCAUUGCCAUCCCCGACGGAGCGGUAAAGCUCACCGCCCUCUCCCUCCGCCUCUCGUCCGGUCACUGUUAACUGUGCCCUCUGCUUUUCCCCUGCCCACUCCCCACGUCACGGUCCCAAAAAAGAGACAACUACCGCCCGCAUCUGACUCAUACUUUCACGCUACGUGGACGGCUGCGAUGCUCCCACCUAUCGAGCCCCAAUUGGCUAGACGUCGCAUCAGCAUCCUUCCUCCUCCCCCAUUGGGCCACGUCUCCGAUGCAGACGGUCCUGGUCCAAUUAUAUUAUUAUUAAAUAAAUUAUUGGUCAGGCCGGCCCAUACUUCCUGAAAUAGCCCACUAAAAUACAGUGCAUAAAAGUCGCACGGUCUCGCCGUCCGCCACCUGUCGCUCCACCAAAUCCCUAAUUCCCGAAGAAGACGCAACCCCCUCCAAGAAACGGCUACAGUCUAUAGACCACCCCUCCUUUCCAAAUUUUAAAAAAAAAAAAAAAAAAGUAAAAAAUCAUUGUUUCUACUUUGGUUUUUUUUGUUUUUCUCAGCAUUUUUAAGAAAUCAAAACUCCAUUUAAUUGUAUUUUUCUGGUGAUUAAUUCGUGUUGUGUGCGGUUAUUUUUAUUUUUAAAUUUCCCUUUUAAUGAUGAACUUUUUGUGGUGAUUAUAUUUUUCUUCUUUUCUGUGAAUCUGGAUUGUGAGUGUUGAAUCAACGAAUAGUCCGUGAUUGAAGUGCACUUGGGUGGGUUAGCAUUUUGAGAAUUUGAGCUCAGUUUUCGUUCGAACGUGGAUUUUACGGUUGGGUGCUGGAGUUCUGCUUUGCGAGUUAAGUUAUCUCCCGGUGUUUGAUUUUGGAUGCGAAUUUGAAGACGGUAACUAGGAGGAAGUAAGAAAGAAGACGGAAGAGAGAUUAGAUUUGAUUGUCGGGAUGGUUUUGAUGGAUGUAUGACGCUGUUAGCUCAGAUCAGCUUCCAACACUGUUCCAUUAAGAAUUUACGAGACGAGGAGGAAUAAAAUGAACUUCAAGAAUUUUGGAAAUGAGCCUCCGCCGCCGGCGGUUGAAGGCGGCGGCGGCGGAAAGCUGGCGGGAAAUUUGCCGCUGACUAGACAACCUUCGAUCUACUCCCUGACCUUCGACGAGUUUCAGAGUACCAUCGGUAGUUCUGGAAAAGAUUUCGGGUCAAUGAACAUGGAUGAGCUGCUGAAGAACAUUUGGAGUGCUGAAGAAACUCAGCAGACUGUGGGGUCUUCAAGUGGAGGUGGUGGCCAACAAGGAGGGGGUAUCCCUGGCCCAGGUGGGUAUUUGCAGAGGCAGGGCUCCUUAACGUUGCCAAGGACACUGAGUCAGAAGACUGUGGACGAGGUUUGGAAAGAUCUAUCAAAAGAAUAUGGUGGAGGAAAGGAAGGGGGCGGCAACAACGCAGCUCCAAAUUUACAGCAGAGGCAGCAGACUUUGGGGGAGAUGACUUUGGAGGAGUUCUUGGUUAGGGCAGGUGUAGUGAGGGAAGAUGCCCAAUCGGCGGGGAAACCCGUUGGCUUUUAUGGUUGUGAUAAUAACUCGGCCUUAGGCAUUGGAUUUCAAAACGUGGGUCGGAAUUCUGGAUUGAUGGGCAGUCGAAUUCCAGAGACUAAUAAUCAAAUUACUAUGCAAUCCCUUAAUUUACCAUUGAAUGUAAAUGGGGUUAGAUCGCAGCAGCAGCAGCUGAUGCAACAACCAGCCCCACAGCACCAGCAGCAGCAACAACAAUUGUUCCCCAAGGAAACAGCUUCAGCUUACACAUCUCCAGUACCUUUACCGAGUAGCGCUCAGCUGGGAAGUACAGGGAUUAGGGGUGGAAUUGUUGGAAUUGCAGAUUCGGCUAUAAAUGGCAAUCUGGUCCAGGGCACUGCCCUACAAGGUGGAGGGAUGGGCAUGGUUGGUAUUGGGCCUGGGGCUGUUACCAUUGCUGCAGGAUCUCCUGCAAACCAGCUUUCAUCGGAUGGGAUUGGGAAGAGUAAUGGGGAUACAUCUUCUGUGUCUCCAGUUCCUUACAUGUUCAAUGGAGGUAUACGUGGAAGGAAAUGCAGUGGUGCUAUUGAGAAGGUUGUAGAGAGGAGGCAGAGGAGAAUGAUAAAGAAUAGAGAGUCAGCUGCACGAUCAAGGGCUCGUAAGCAGGCUUAUACAAUGGAAUUGGAGGCAGAAGUUGCAAAACUAAAGGAGGAGAACCAAGAAUUGCAAAAGAAACAGGAAGAAAUUAUGGAAAUGCAGAAAAAUCAGGUCUUGGAGAUGAUGAACAUGCAACAAGGAGGUAAAAGACGAUGCUUGAGACGAACACAAACUGGGCCAUGGUAAAGUUUUAGCAGCAUCGUUAUUCCACGACCGAGAUCAAAUUACAAGCAUAGCAGGUGGCUGUACAUAUUUUAGAGGCAAUGCGUCCUUGAGCUGUAGAUCAGGAAGAGCUUUAGUGUGUCAUAGAUUAAACUUUCCAGUUUCUGUAAUCACAGGUUGCUUCUGUUCCAGCUAGUGGGCAGGGCAGGGAAGAAACUUGUGGUUUAUAUGUUAUUGUUUGAUAUAAAUUUCAGAGAUGUGUCCCAUUCUCUUAACAUUAUUGGUCAAAAAUAAUAUUUCCACCUCGCUCCAUUCUGCCUGCUCUGCCCUAAAUUGUGAUUAGGCAGGAACAGGUAUUAGCCAAAUGGUCGAGCAUCACUAUUCUCCAUUGGACAUUUGAUAUAGAGAUGUAAAUUGCACUUACAUUUUCAGAUUUUCCUAA